AUGGCGACGAUGCUCGAAGAAGGAAUGGCGAUCUCGAUUCGGGGCGGGUCUCAAGAGCCCAUGAAAGCUACGGCCAUGCGUGGGGGCACGAGACGGUCGCUUCGGCGUCCUCGUCUCCGAAGCUCCCCACUCCCCACCAUGCCGUUCCCCUCAGCGUUCCUUAUGUCGUUCCUUAUGAGCGUUCCCGUCACCUUCUUCGGAGAUCCAGUGCUAUGGUUGGCUGGUUCGGAAGCCUCAGACAGACAGACAGACAGACAGACAACCAGUGUGGGUGGUUUGAGGGCCGAGUUGAUUUGGGCCCCACCUCGGGGAGUCCGCCGCAAGUGGGCCUGCGGCGUGCAACUUCCUGCCCUGGUUGCGCGCCUGGUUGUGCGCCUGCUUGACCACAGUUUCCUGCGUGGUCCUCUGACCCCGUUUCUCUUCAAGCUCGGGAUCUUAUCCACAGCGUUGGAGGCUGGGGGCCAGGAAGAGGAGGAGGAGGAGAAGCGUAUUGCAAUUGUUGUUGUUGUUGUUAUUGUUUGUUUGUCUGUUUUGCGAUUCCUCGCUCGCAGUUGUUGCGCAGGAAUUGCUGUGGGAUUGCAGCGAUGGCGUCUACUGCAAUUCUUGCACCUGCGUCUGCUGCUUCUGUCGUGGCUCUUCCUUCCGCAAUUGCCUCCUCCGCCUCCUCCUCACGCGCGACCAUCUUCAAAGUCUCGCCUUCCGCUGUGCGUCUGCAUCUCAUCUUUCGUAUUAUGGGACAUGUUGUGGUUACUCUUGCACGCUCAUCUAUCGACUUUUGAGGGGUUGAGGGCUGACGGUUUUCCCAGCAGCAGCUUAAAUGAAGUGUGGCAAACUUCCGCCCAGACGUGGUCUACUCCCCGUCACUCCAGGCUCACAGUGAGGGCAGCAGUUGCCAGCGAAGCUCCGACUGCCACGAAGCAAAAGAUCCGCAUCAAGCUUCGAUCGUACUGGGUGAACUUGAUAGAGCAAGCAUGCCAACAAAUCUUGGAAGCGGCACGGAACUCGGACGCCAAGACCAUGGGGCCCGUGCCGCUGCCUACCAAGAAGCGCGUGUACUGCGUGUUGAGAUCGCCCCAUGUGAACAAGGACUCACGCGAGCAUUUCGAGAUCAGGACGCACCGGCGCCUCAUCGACUUGGAAAACCCUAAUGCUCAGACCAUCGACGCCUUGAUGCAGCUGGACCUCCCAGCCGGAGUAGAUGUCGAAGUCAAGCUGUCGUAAACUCUCCACAUUCUUUGUUCUUUUAUCUUAGUCUUUUUUUCUUAUUCUUAUUCUUUUUUUUUUGGGUCUUGGUGAGCUGCCGUUGUCAUACUUGAAGGAAACCUUCAUCCGCAUUCUGUACCUUUCAUUUCUCCGCUCCAAAUGCGGGUUUUCAACCAAGCAAUUAUUCUGAUCAUGUUUUAUUUA